AUGGAUGACACAGGAUACAAUCAAGAAGAAACAAGGAUUCCAUCAUUGGGAUCAUCAUUCGAUGGCGUAACCUGUGGUGCAUCACCGGAUUGUGAUCGAUUAUGCCCAUUCAUAUCAUUAAGAGAAGCUCCUACGAGAAAUACAUAUUAUUCAUCUGAUUCAUAUUCGAAACAAAUACCGAAUAAAUCCUCAACAUCAUCAAAAGAGAACGAAUCUGUUGACCGACUUACGUCACGAAUGGCUCAAAGUAUUCGCGUGACACGUAUGCUUGUCUUUGUUUCUACUUGCUUUCUCAUACUUAACGCCCCAGCACAUCUAUGCGCCAUUGCAAUGAAAAUUUAUAUUGAAGUUAAUUCAUUCAUACCCGCUGGAUCGACAGUCAUCAAUUUGAAUCAAAUAGAUAACAAUGUCGUUUUAAUUCCAAACACUUCCAACGAAACGUAUCACGAAAAUCUAUUCGAAGCGAUUAAACGUUCGACAUUCGUCGAUGAUAAAUCAACAUACCAACAACUAUACAAAGCAGUUUCAAUCACACAAAUGAUUCAAUACGCAUCAUAUUCAAUCAAUUUCUUCCUUUACUCUUUUAGUGGCAUCACUUUCCGUACCAAUCUUAAGCAAGUGAUUCAAAAACUUUGA